AUCAAAAGAGCAGCAUCAAGUUGAAAUGAAAUGUUUAUACAUCUUCAGGGUUUCUGCAGGUUUUAUUAAGUCAAAUGUAAGACUUUUUAAGACCCUUCAUGAAUGAAAUUUAAGACCUAAAUCAUGACAUCAAAAGUACAACAAAAUGCAGAGUCACAGCUUAGGUUAUCAGGCUGCGACAAAUUUGUGAUAAAGGGCAGCAUAACUGGAGCACAGUUCAUGGUAAGUAUGUGUAUAUCUCUGGAGUCCUUUACACUUAUUUACUAUUCUGAAAAUACUCUGAGCAAUUGAUUUUCUAUUUUUCAUUUAUAUUGAAAUCUACAUCCUCCAGCAAAUGACUGCGCAUGAACUUCAAGGGUUCCCCAGCCUUUAUGUCCAAAUAAUUACUAAGAUCCAAAGUGAUAUCAACAAGGGGGAACAGAAGAGGGUCUUCGGUCAUACAUCAAAGGCACAAAAGCACCCAAAACAAGUAUUUGUACAGAAGGAAGAAGUUUGGGACUCUGAUGAGUUCGACAAUGACAGUGAUCAUGACUAUGAAGGUCCACACCAGGAGGGGGGGGAAGACAGCGACAUCUAUGCUCUGAAUGAGCCACAAACAGCUGAGCAACGAGACAGCGACAAGACCUAUGAAGAGAACUGCGAGAGGCCUUCCUCUGAGGACAUAAUGAGGCCACCUCCAGCUCCAAGAGGGGAUACACUUCAGAACAAUCCGGUUAAUGAGCCAAUCCCUGCUGAAAGGACCUCAAAACUUCCACACCCCCGCCCACCAAGAAUGACCCCUCAGAGACCUCUAAAAGCACUAGCCAGCCAACCCAAUCUGCACGUUGACAGGAGCAAGAAGCCUGGGCAAUGUGGCCCAUCCCAGACAGACCUUACAAAACCAAAGGGGAGCGCUGUCAAGGCUCCUGGCUCAUCCACAAGCGAGAUCUUUAAACCAAGAGUUCCCAGACCUACAGAUGUGGCCAACAGAGCAAGUAAACUCAUUCCACUUCCUCCAGUACCAACACAGCCUGCUAAGGUUAACAAUUCAAUACCAGGACCAAGUGAGGGUUUGGAUCCCAGCUGGUAUGUAGGAAAGGUGACCAGACAUCAAGCUGAAGUUGCUCUCAGAGAGGUGAACAAGGAUGGGGCAUUUGUGGUAAGGGACAGCUCACAAGGCGCGGUUGAGCACCCCUACACCCUGAUGCUUUUGAAACAAGGCAAGGUUUACAACAUUAUGAUUCGUAACCAAGGCAACUCCUACUCCCUCGGCACUGGCCUCAAAAACACCAAGAGUUUCCCCGGGGUGAAGGAGAUGAUUACCCAACACACACACACCCCACUGCUGCUCAUUGAUGCCACAGACCAGAGCUCUGAAGCGCAAAGCCAGUGUUGUCUGCUGCACCCUGCGGGACUCUGACCACUACCAACAACAAGCUUAAUGUGUGUGUUUGCAUCGGUCACUGUAUGCUAAUGUGUACGGCUUGUUCAGAAGCUUUUUUAAACAACCAAACAAAUGUCACAAUUUUCGCAAAACACAAAAAGGUCAUGGUUAUGUAAUUCCUCUUUUUGGUAACUCCACUUGUAC